GGGAGGGUUGUUAGUAUUCACUGUACGGAUUCUCGAGGAGCAAGAAUUCUUUUGGCAUGCGCACACCACAUAGAGAAAAAGAAGCAAAAAUACGUAUUUUGCUACUACUUUUCCUGUCCUUUCUAAACAUGCGACUGUACUGACUAAAAUUGAUGUUCCCUUGUGUAAUUAUUAUCUAGGGAAUGCGCAAUUUCAUUCCUGGCUAAGCUUUGAGAAACAACAACCCAUAGAAAUGGUGAAGGACGGCGCUAUUUCAACAACUACUCCAGCCGCUUUUAGGCUCCGAUGGGACGUAUUCCUCAGUUUCAGAGGCGAAGAUUCUCGCCACGGUAUCACGCAGGAUCUCUACAGCUUGCUUAACGGGAGAGGUAUCCGAGUCUUUCGAGACGACGAAUGUUUGAACCAUGGAGACGAGAUCUCCCCGCGUCUGCUCGAAGCCAUUGAAGACUCGGCUGCUUCAAUUGUGAUUCUCUCUCAAAACUACGCCUCCUCCCAUUGGUGCCUUGAAGAACUCGCCAGGAUAUGCGAGUUGCGGAGGCUGAUUCUGCCCGUGUUCUAUAGGGUUGACCCAUCUCAUGUUCGAAAACAGAAAGGGCCUUUCGAGGAGGCUUUUCGGAGCCUCGAAAACAGGUUUGAAAUCGACAAGGUGAUGAAAUGGAGGAAAGCCAUGGAGACAGUUGGAGGUAUUACUGGUUCGGUUUUCAAUGACAACAGUGACGAAAAGGAUUUGAUUCGGGUUCUGCUGAGAGACAUUCUGAAAGAAUUGAACAAUACACCAAAGAAAGUGGCCAGCUAUGCCGUUGGACUGGAUAGGCGCGUGACAGACUUAAUAAAUUUGUUAGACGUUAAGUCCAAUGGCAUUAAGGUUGUGGUGCUUCAUGGCAUGGGUGGGAUUGGCAAGACAACCCUUGCCAAGGCCGUCUACAACAAGAUCCUCCCACACUUCCGCUUCCGCAGCUUCAUCUCAGAUGUUAGAGAACUUUCAAAACAAGAAGAUGGUUUAGUAUCCCUUCAGAAAAAACUUAUUGGCGACCUUUCCCCGGGUGCUAUGCUUUCCUUGAAUGACGUUAAUGCUAAUGCCUCGACAAUCACAAGGAUUGUUCACGACAACAACGUUCUACUUGUCCUGGAUGAUGUUGACCAAGAAGACCAACUUCAUGCACUAGGUGCUGGAACGUUCAACUGGCAAAAUGAUGGAAAAAGUCGAAUUAUUGUUACAACUCGAAACACAGGAGUUCUACGUGAAGAUCAUGUGAAUCGGUUUUAUGAAGUCAGGGAGUUGCAUUUGGACCAGGCACUGCAUCUUUUCAGUUAUCAUGCAUUUGGAAGAAAGAAACCGACGGAGGAUUUUGGGGAAUUGUCCAAGAAAAUUGUAUCUCUCACCGGGAAUCUACCUUUGGCUCUGGAAGUCUUUGGUUCAUUUUUGUUUGAUAAAAGGAAGGUAACAGAAUGGGAAGAUGCUUUGAAGAAGCUGGGAGACAUUCGUCCUCACGAGCUUCAGGAUGUGUUAAAGAUAAGCUUUGAUGGGCUAGACAGGGAAAACAAAUGCAUAUUCCUUGAUAUAGCAUGCUUGUUUGUCAACAUGGAAAUGAAGAGAGAGGAUCUGAUUGACGUAUUUAAAGGAUGUGAUUUUAAAGCUGAAAUAGCAAUAAGAGUUCUUGAAGAAAAAUCUCUGAUUAAGUUCACUGGGGAUGACUCUUUGCGGAUGCAUGAUCAACUCAGGGACAUGGGAAGACAAAUUGUUCAAGAUGAGAACCCUGGAGAUCUUGGAAUGCGCAGCAGACUAUGGGAACGCAAUCAAAUCAUGACUGUCUUGGAAAAUCACAAGGGAACAAGAAGCAUUGAGGGUAUUGUCAUGGACAAAAGGAAGUUUGUAAAGAAACCCGACAAUGGGAAAGAGGUGGUAAUCUACACAAAAUCCUUUGAAUCGAUGGUUAACCUAAGAUUGCUUCAAAUCAAUCAUGUGAAACUGGAAGGAAAUUUUUAUCUUCUUCCCCAUGAGCUGAAGUGGCUUCAAUGGCAAGGAUGUGCUUUGAAAACUCUUCCUUCUGAUUUUUGUCCCCAAAAGCUUGCUGUCCUGGAUCUCUCAGAAAGCAAAAUCGAACGGGUGUGGAGUUCUUACUCUAACAAGUUGGCUAAGAAGUUGAUGGUUAUGAAUUUGCGUAGUUGCCCCAAGCUGGCCUCUCUUCCUGAUUUAUCUGGACACGAAAAUCUGCAAAAGAUUGUUCUUGAGAAUUGUGUGAGUCUGAUAAACAUUCACAAAUCAGUUGGUAGUUUAAAGUCCUUACAUCACUUGGACGUGACAGGCUGUAUAAACCUUGUUGAAUUCCCGAGUGAUGUUUCGGGGAUGAAAAAUCUGCAAACCCUUGUUCUCAGUCGUUGCUAUAAAUUGAAGGAAUUGCCAGAGGGCAUAGGCAGCAUGGUAUCACUCAAAGAACUUUAUGCUGAUAAAACUGGCAUAGAGAAGCUGCCUGAAUCUAUUUACCGCCUUGAAAAACUUGAAAAACUGAUCCUAGAUGAUUGCCAACAUCUUAAACAGCUGCCAAGAUGUGUAGGGAAGCUUAUUUCUCUGAAGGAACUUCGUCUUAAUCAUUCUGCAUUAGAAAAAUUGCCUGAUUCUAUUGGAUCCUUGGAGAACCUUGAACAACUUAGUUCGAUAUCUUGUGAAUCAUUCACUGCAAUUCCUGAUACUGUUGGCGAUCUCAAAUUAUUGAAAAAGUUGUUAAUUAAGGGUAGAGCAAUCACUGAGUUACCAAAGUCUAUUGGCUCGUUAUCAUAUCUGAAGUUGUUAUUUGUUGGAGGCAGCCAGUUGAACAAAUUGCCAGAUUCGAUUCGGGGAUUGGCUUCUCUUGUGAAACUUGAGAUAGAUGGGACAUCAAUUACGGGUCUCCCUAGUCAGAUUGGUGACUUGAGAUCACUUGAGCAGCUUCAGAUGCGGAAUUGUACUUCUCUUGAAUCUCUGCCAGAGUCGAUUGGCAGCUUGCUUGCGCUUACUAAUCUGAACAUAUUCAACGCCAGCAUUACCGAGUUGCCAGAGUCUUUUGGGAUGUUAGAAAAUCUUAUUUCGUUGAGAUUGAAUCAGUGUAGACGGCUCCGUAAACUUCCAUCCUCAAUAGGAAAUUUGAAGUCUUUGCACCAUUUAUAUAUGAAAGAAACUGCCGUGACCAAAUUGCCGGAAAGUUUUGGCAUGCUCUCAUGUUUAAUGGUACUGAAAAUGGCAAAGGAACUCAGUACACAAAAGCAACCCGAGUCAUUUACACUCUUGCCAACAUCUUUCUCGAAUCUCUCGUCGCUAGAAGAUCUUGAUGCUCGUGCAUGGAGAAUAUCUGGUGAAAUUCCAGAUGAUUUUGAGAAGUUGACGGCAUUAGAGUUCCUGAAUCUGGGUCAAAAUGAUUUUUCUAAACUUCCAUCCAGCCUAAGGGGCCUCUCGCUUCUCAAAAAGCUUCAGCUGUCGCAAUGUGAAAAGCUCGAGUCCCUCCCUCCACUUCCCUCAAGUUUGGAGGAGUUGAAUCUUGCAAACUGUAUUUCAUUGGAAAGUAUAUCUGAUCUUUCCAAUUUAAAGAGCUUAGAAGAAUUAAACCUUACAAACUGUGAGAAAUUGGUGGAUAUUCCAGGCCUCGAGUCCUUGAAGUCCUUGAGAAAGUUGUACAUGGGUAACUGCAUUAAAUGCUCUUCAGCAGCAAAGAAAAGACUCUCCAAGGUUUAUCUCAAGAAGUUGAGAAAUCUAAGUAUGCCUGGAAGUAAAAUUCCAGAUUGGUUUUCUCAAGAUAUAGUCAGCUUUUCAAGCCACAAGAACCGUGACCUCAAAGGUGUGAUAAUAGCGGUAGUUGUUUCCCUUAACCAUCAGAUACCAGAUAAAAAGAGAUAUGAACUACCUUCUGUAGUGGACAUUCUAGCAAAGAUCUUCAAUGGUGACAAAGAAAUAUAUGGGAGCGCCUUGUCCUUAACGGGAGUACCCAAUACGAACGAAGAUCAUGUUCACUUGUGCCGAUAUCCAGCGACUCAUCAGCUGGUUUUUAUGUUGAACGAUGGUUUUAAGAUUCAGGUGACAAGGCGAAACAAGCCAUAUGUUGAGGGCGUAGAGCUGAAGAAGGCUGGGAUUUAUUUAGUCUUCGAAAAUGAUGAUGACUACGAAGGAGAUGAAGAAUCACUGGACGAGAGCCAGCAAACUGUGUCAGAAAGAUUAGCAAAGUUUUUCAGCUCUUUAGAUGAAAAUGCUACACCUCCACCCAGCUCUGGAUUGCAACAACCCCAAAGAAAUGAGGAAGAAAAAGUCGUACCAAGCAGCACAAAUGCCUACGUCGUUUUUCCCUUCAUUGUUCUUCCGUUUGCCCUUUCGCUGUUGAGUUGGUUUUGCCUACGCUUCUGGUACACUCAAUAGCAUAUGUCAAAUUGAAGACGACGUACGUGCUUAGUUUCUGUUCUAAUGUUUGCUGCUUUAACAUGUAAAUAUAUAUAAUAAUUAUAAUGAUAAAAACCAUGCAUUUAUAUAUUUAUAUAUAUUUAUAUAUAUAUAUAUAUAUGUAUCAUGAU